AUGACGUCCUCCCAUUCUAACCGCGCAUGCGUGGAUCUGGGAGCACGCAGCGUGGCGAUCGGCGGUGCGCUGAGUCCGAUUACCGAUCCACAGAAAGAGCCGAAUAUCACUGAUGAUCAGCGUGCCCUGAUGAUAUGUGUAGCCCCAGCAGCGCCAUCUGUCAGUGUCCAUCAGUGCCAGCUCUCAGUGCCCAUCCAUGCCACCUGCCAGUGCCCAUCCAUGCCACCUGCCAGUGCCCAUCAAUGCCACAUAUCAGUGCCCAUCUGAGCUGCCUUUCAGUGUCACCUAUAAAUGCCAGUCAGUGGCACCUAUCAGUGCCGCCUGUCAGUGCCGCCUGUCAGUGCCGCCUGUCAGUGCCGCCUGUCAGUGCCAUAUAUCAGUGCUGCCUUUCAGUGCCCAUCAGUGAUGCCUGUCAAUGUCCAUCAGUG